AUGUUUUCUAACGCUCUGAUCAUCUUGGUCACCCUCGCGAUUACCUUUACCUCUAUCCUGACAUACAUCAUCUCUUCUAUCCGCGCCAUCACUAUCUCUACUAUCCGCCCUAUUACGAUGCCUUCCCUAUCUACCCUAGUUACCCCCUUCUUCUCUUCUUCCGCCGUCAUCAUCACCCCUCUUCUUACCGGCUCUGUCAUCGCUCUCGGACGCGUCCAAGGAUGGCCUACCUUUUCUACCUUCUCCGACUUAUCUGAUUUCAUUCCCUUUGUACUGGGACUUGCCACGUACCUUUUCAAGGUUCACCCAGUACUCGGGUUUGUUUUCAUUACCCUCCUAUUUAUCUCCGCGGUCACUGUUCUGGGUCUAUCUGAAGAGGCCGACGUCUCUACGUGGUUGGUGAUCCCCUGGCUCAUCGCGCAGGCCUGCCUCUGGGUGUAUACAUCCUACGGUUGGUAUGCUUGGUGGGCUGCGUCAAUCGCUAUCAUCAUCAAGAACUACGGCAUGUCGCCUUCUCUCUGGUGCAUCCCACAGAUCCUCGCCUGUCUGUUUCUCAAGGAGUAA